GAGCACGCUGGACGCCGGCAGCGGCGCGCCGCCGGCGCGUGACCCCGGCAGCUUGCGGGAGCGCGAGCCCCGGCGCGCUCCCGGGGCGCCGCCCGCAGCGGCACCCCGCGCGCGGGCGCAGGCCGAGGGCCGGGAGGGCGGGCAGGCGGACGCGGGGCGCCAGGCCAUUUGCCAGCGGUAUGUGCGGAUGAUCACGGAGCGCGCUAAAAACAGGCAGUAUUCCGAGGCGCUGGCGCUUUUGGAAGAGAUGCGCCACUUAAAUAUCCCUCCGACGACAAGCGUGUACACUGCACUGAUCAGCGCGUGCGACAAGAGCAAGCAGCAAGCGAGAGCAUUGGAGUUGUUCGACGAGAUGAAAGUACAGCAGUGCAUGCCGAACGCCAUUACGUACAACUGUCUCAUCAGCGCAUGCGGGCGCGGAAGCAAUCCGGAGAAGGCGCUGGAUGUAUGGGAGGAGAUGCAGUCCAAGCGCCUUGCCCCAACCGUCGUGACGUACACCUCGCUCAUUGGCGCAAUGGGGCAGAGCGGGCAGCCUGAGAAGGCGUGGGAGUUCUUCGAAACCAUGAAAGCGUGCGGCAUCGAGCCCAAUGCCAUCACAUUUGGCAAGCUGGUCCACGCGUGCUCCCGUAGCCAAUGGGCAGACAAGGCGCUGGAGCUGCACCAGGACAUGCAGCAGCGAGGCAUCCUGCCGGACGCGUACACGUUCGGCGCCCUGAUAGGCGCCUGCAGGGAGCGGUACCCUCAGAAGGUCAUGGAGUUCUACGCGGAGAUGCAGAGGCUCGGGAUCACGCCGGACGCGGGCACCUACAGCAUCGUGAUCAGCACCUGUGACCGGAACGCGCAGACGGACAAGGCCCAGCAAGUCUUCACGUCGAUGAAGCAGCAAGGCCUGCAGGGCGCCCAGCGCAGCCUCAGCGCGUACAACGCGAUGAUCAACGCCUGCGGCAGAGGAGACAAGACCUUGGACGACGCCCUGGCACUGCUGAGAGAGAUGCAGACGAGGGGUCCCACCCCAGACUCCGUGACCUAUCCCACAGGAGGGCUGAAGACUAGCACCAGGGCCUCGACGUUUGCAUCCCUGUCGAGGUUUGCAGGCGAUCCAGAUCAACCCGUAGCGGGCGGGGGGCUGGCGGACGCCACGGUGAUGAAGCUGUGUGAGCGCGCACGGCGGCCAGAGGAAGCCUUGCAGGUGUUCGACGCCAUGUGCGAGGGGGCCCUCGCCGUCUGCUCCGGCCGCCGCGGGCGCUACCUCGGCGAAGGCAUCGCCGACCAGGACUGCGGACCUCGCCACGGCUGCGGCGGUGCGUCGCGGCGCUCCAGCAGGCAGUGCGCCCUGGACGGCUGCCACCACCGAGCAAAGGACCGCAUCGUGUGCAACUGGGCCUUGUCCGCAUGCGAGCAGCUCAGGCAGAUCGAGCGGGCGCUAGCGGUGUUCGACUCCAUGAAGUCGAGGGCCGUGGAGCCGGACGUGAGCACGUUCGGGUUGCUCAUCAGCGCCUGCGGCAAGUGCAAGUGGGGCAACAAGGCGGCAGAGCUUUUCCAAGAGCUUGAGGACAAACAGCUGGCCCCAAACCGCUUCGUCUACAACGUCAUGAUCGGCGCCUGCGGCAACGUCAAGCGCAUCGGCAUGGCGCUCGACAUGUUCAGGAAGAUGAAGCAGGAGGGCAUCGUGCCGGACGCGAUCACCUACAAUUGUCUCAUCAGCGCGUGCGAGAAGCGCAUGUGGCCAGAGCGCGCGUCCGAGCUCUUCAGGGAGAUGGAGGAGUCCGGGCCCUCACCCGACGUCAAAGUAUACACGGCGCUGAUGAGCUGCUGGGCCAAGAGCAAGCAGCCAGAGAAGGCGCUGGAGGUGUACAAGGAGAUGAUCGACAAGGGCAUCAAUGCGACCGCCAUCACGUACAGCACCUUGGCGUGGGCGUGCGAGAAGAGCGGGCAGCCGACUCUGGCCAAGGAGUUCCACCGGAAGGAGGUCGAGUGCCUGCAGGGCGGCAGCGCGGGGGAGACCCGCGGCAUCCGCCAGCACACCCGCGAGAGGUUCUCGAACGGCAGGUGA